AUGUCGCCUUUGUUCUUUGUGCUUUUAGUGCUAUUGUCUCAAACUUUAGCCAAAAAAUUACCCACCAACUACGAAUAUUUCACCUCACAUGGUAUAAAAUCUGGAAUCACCACAAACAACACGAGUUUCUUCCUCAACGGGAUCCCUUUCUCUGUUUACAGUGGUUCAUUCCACUACUUUAGAAAUGCAAGAGCUGACUGGCAGACUCGAUUAAGACAGUUCAGAGCUGCUGGCCUAAACACCGUAGAAACUUACAUCCCAUGGAAUCUCCACGAGCCCCAAUCAGGCCUCUACGAUUUCGGCAACGGGGGAUCCGAAAUGGAAGAUUUCCUGCACUUGGAGGAAUUCCUAAAACUAGCCCAAAGAGAGGACCUCUUCGUCAUUCUGAGACCGGGUCCCUACAUUUGCUCCGAGUACAAUUUCGGAGGUUACCCCAGUUGGUUGUUAAGAGAAAAACCCAUGGGAUUCCGGACCGACGAAGAGAACUACAUCAAAUUCGUUACCCGGUACUACAACGUACUCCUACCAUUAUUAGAACGGUACCAGUUCACCAAAAACGGGCCGGUGAUAAUGUUUCAAAUCGAGAACGAGUACGGUUACGUGCGCUACGGUAGCUUCGUUCCCUCGAGGAAUUACCUGCGAAUCCUUCGAAACUUGUAUUUAAACAACGGUAUUGUCGAGCUGCUGGUUACAUCAGAUAAUGCUAUAUCUAACGGCGACUCCGGCAGCUUGCCAGGAGUUCUGUUCCAAACCACCAACUUCGGAAACAAUCCCGAAGGCUACCUGAAGGCACUAUCCCAUCUUCAACCCAACCAACCAUUAAUGGUGAUGGAAUAUUGGAUAGGUUGGUUCGAUUAUUGGACUCAAAAACACCAAACUAAGAGCGUUAUCGAGUCGAAGGAUUUGUACGAGCGUAUACUCAAAUAUCCCUCAUCAGUGAAUAUCUACAUGUUUCAAGGAGGGUCGAAUUUCGCUUUCUUGAAUGGAGGAUCACUAGGCGAGUUAACUCUCAAGAAAACUUCUCAAAAGAUCGGCUUGCAGAUAAUAACGACGAGCUACGACUACGAUUCGCCGCUGAGCGAAGCUGGGGACUACACUCAAAAGUACUGGGAUGUUAAGAAGCUGCUCGAGCGGUACAAUCCGGUGAAAACGUUCGUACCGGAUCCGCCUCUACUACCACCAAGAAUCGCUUACCCAACAAUCACCCGACUCUUCCAGUACAAACUCGGCCGUUUGAUUGUCGAACAACCGCCUCUAAUAUUGGAGAGUGAGCACGUCGUGGCGAUGGAGUUGUUGGAUAUCAACAACAAAUCCGGGCAAAGCAACGGUUAUAUCGUCUACCGUAAAGAGAAUGUUGAUUUGGAAGAGAGUACUGUACUUAAAAUCGAAGGGAACGUUUGCGAUACAGUGAUGGUAUUGGUGAACGGUGAACUGGUAUCACCAAAACUAAACUCUGUCAAUGACUUAAACGGUUUCGGCUAUUGGAGACUCAAAAACUCCGUCUUGGUUAUCAACAGCAGGCCCCUUAAAAAGGCCACAAUAGAUUUGGUGGUGGAGGAAUGGGGUAGAAUGAACGGAGGGACUAUUUACCAGUACAAUCAAACAUUCAAAGGACUGUGGCAAGGCGGUGUUUAUUUGAACAACAAGCCACUUACACAUUGGAAAAUAAUACCUUUGGAAUUCAAGAAGGAAUGGACCAGUAAACUAUCUUCUUGGGAGCCGAAAUCUUCAAACGAAGGGCCUUCGUUAUACCGCGGGGAAUUAAUUUUGAACGAAGAACCGAGAGAUACCUACAUUGACAUGAGAAAUUGGUCGAAAGGGUUGGUGUUGGUAAACGGUUUCCCGGUGGGAAAAUACUUCAGGCUCGGGCCACAGCAGGCCAUUUACCUACCGGCUGCUUUCUUGAAGAAAGGCAGGAACCAAAUCAUCAUUUUCGAGCACUUCCGAACCACCGGAGAAAUAAUCUUCUCGAGGGAUCAAAUUUACGAGACCAAAUGA